AUGAAGCCAGCCAUGGAAACUGCAGCAGAGGAAAAUGCAGAACAAAGCCAAGAGAAAAAAGUGAUCACCAGACCAGAAAUGGAAAUUGGCAGGUACCACUGGAUGUACAGGAGUUCAAGGCCACACCAGUACCAUCAUGUGCCAGCAUUGAGAGGCAAUGUUAGUCCUUUGGGGAUUCAAGGUUGCUUUGAAUGUUGCAUUAAGUGCCUAGGAGGAGUGCCAUAUGCUUCGCUCGUGGCAACCAUUCUUUGCUUCUCGGGGGUAGCAUUGUUUUGUGGCUGUGGCCAUGUGGCGCUCACGGGAACCGUGUCUAUCCUUGAGCAGCACUUCUCCACGACUGCCAGCGACCAUGCUUUGCUGAGUGAAGUAAUACAGCUAAUGCAGUAUGUAAUUUACGGCAUUGCAUCAUUUUUCUUCUUAUAUGGAAUAAUCCUUUUGGCAGAAGGUUUUUAUACAACGAGUGCUGUGAAGGAGCUGCAUGGAGAGUUCAAAACGACAGCCUGUGGCCGCUGCAUCAGUGGAAUGUUUGUUUUCCUCACCUAUGUGCUUGGAGUGGCCUGGCUUGGGGUCUUUGGCUUCUCUGCCGUGCCUGUCUUUAUGUUCUAUAACAUAUGGUCAACUUGCGAAGUCAUCAAAUCUCUUCAGACAAAUGUGACAGUUCCAGGGGACCAGAUCUGCGUGGAUAUCAGGCAAUACGGUAUUAUCCCUUGGAAUGCUGUACCUGGCAAAGCCUGCGGCCCGAUUUUAGAGAACAUCUGCAACACGAAUGAGUUCUACAUGUCUUAUCACCUGUUCAUUGUGGCUUGUGCUGGAGCUGGUGCCACUGUCAUAGCACUGCUGAUCUACAUGAUGGCUACUACAUAUAACUAUGCUGUUUUGAAGUUUAAGAGUCGGGAAGAUUGCUGCACUAAAUUCUAAAUUGUAUAAGCCCAGUACAGAGCUGCAUUGCGUAGCUUGAAUACCACUGACACCCUAGGCUAAAAGUCUAGCUUCCUGAAUUUUGUUACAGUAAUUGUAAAUAGCUUCAGUAAGCAUCAUUUAGCUUAUCAGAUUAAUAAAAUGACUUCUUGUAUAUGAACUGUGAUGUGGAUGAGAUCUGGCUAUUUUUUCAUGUCGAGAGGAUUCAGUUACUGCAGGGGUGUUUGUAAAUCAUCCUUCUGAAGAUGGGAUGUUUCCAUUUCCAGUCUCCACUUGCUUUCUAACAGUCAUCUCUAAAACAAAUACUGGAACAGUUCAGGGUCAGAAUUACUAAUUUAUUUUUCAUCCUGAACACCAAAUACAACCCCCCUGAGCAUACAAAAUAUAUCCGCUCCAAAAGAAAAGGAACAGUAAAG